AUGUCUCGUGAGGAAUUAAUUGAACCAGAAUCACAGACCUCGUCUUCGCCAAAUGAACAACGAGAUAACUCCAUGGCAAUAACGGCAGCUAGAAAAGCCACAACCCUACCUCAAACUUCUCAACAAGUAACGUCAAGCACAAACGCAAAUUCAAGUCAGGAAGCAAGAACUCUUAUGAAUAUAAAACAAAGCCAAGAUAAAGACAUUACUAAUAGUUCUACUCAAAAUGACAAAGACAUUAGCAAAUUAAGUAAUGGCACGCCUCCAUAUGCUUCUGCAGAAGACAACAGCAGUGUUACGAGCACAGACGCCAAUUGUACGUCUACAAUGAAUUCCGAUGAUGCGACACAAGAUAGCACAUCCACAAAAAUUAGAAGAUUAAGUGGUUCACAAAAUCAACGAUCUACCAAAUCAUUCCCGCGCAACAAUCCUCAACGCCAAUUCCCGUAUACCAGCGGCAAUAAUUGUAAUCCAAUCCACGCCGUUACUUCCGUCUACCCAAAUGGUAUCGGCACGACACCAAUGUACGAGGAUAUGUCUCAUGGCCUGUAUCAUAAUCCCGCGUUCAUGCCAGUUGCGUCGCCUUACUUUACUCCUCAAUUCUUUCCUUCCAACGGACAAUAUUUCUAUGAUCCUCAGUAUAGCAGGUUUCCGCGACCCCCACAAACUCCGCCAACUUACGUCCGCUCAAAUGUAUACUCAUACCCGGCCAUGCCUAUCAUCCCAACAUUACAUCUUCAACAGUUUCAAAAUCCCCCACCAUUUUUGUUUCAUCAACAACCAGCUAGAUAUCAUUCUGUUCAUAGUGCUGCUGGCGGUGAUUCAGGAUUUUCUUCGCGAAGAAGUUCCUUAGAUCCAAAUAGAACGCCCGAAUUCGGCCCACAGCAUUCGCAGAGAAUGCAACAGAAAAAACCGAAACAAUUGGAUAAAGCAUUAUGGGUUGGCAAUUUGCCAGACACGACUACGCAGGAAGAGCUGAAAGAAUUUUUUGCAGAUGAAAACAUGGAGAGCGUGUUCCUGAUCAAAAAGUCUAACUGUGCUUUUGUGAACUAUAAAACGCACGAAGCAGUUGAUGAAGCGGUGCAAAAGUAUAACGAAUGCGAAUUCAAAGGCAUAAAACUAGUCUGCCGACCUAGAAAGCAAACGGCUGCUGACAUAAAGGCCAAGACAAAUCCACAGAUCAGCACGUCAUCGGAAAAUACUCUAUCGCGCACGCCAUCCGAAACUGCGUCGACAACAUCCUCUUCCGCUCGAUCACAACAUUCUUCCUUCCCUCUGCGUCAAAACUUCAGACAAUCAUCUAUCGCGUCUAUGUCCCCCGCUUCCUCAGUAUCUUCAACUAAACAACAGUCACCAAACCGAUAUUUCAUUCUCAAGUCAUUAACUCAGGAUGAUUUGGACAUAUCUGUGCAAAGUGGCGUAUGGGCUACACAACCACAUAAUGAAGCAGCGUUGAAUAAAGCUUAUAAGACUGCAGAGAAUGUGUUUCUGAUUUUUAGUGCAAACAAAAGUGGAGAGUUUUAUGGCUAUGCCAGAAUGGCAAGUCAUAUCAAUAAAGAAGCUACUGAGUCUAUUCAAUGGACGCCCAUCGAUGAAGCAGCACUAGCAGCCUCCUCUUCGCGACCGUCACCAAAGUUACCGUUUACACGUACAAGACAUCUUCGUAAUCCAUGGAAUGCCAACAGGGAAGUAAAGAUCAGUCGAGACGGUACAGAAGUUGAGCCUGUUGUCGGUGAGAGAUUGCUUGCCGAGUUCCAUAGGGUGCCCGUCACGACUCCUGCUCAAACGUCUUAUGGAGCGUUACCUGGACCAUUGUUGGCUCAGCCGUUGAAUAUCGAUAACCAGCACAUCGAAAACUGUCAAGAGAGGAAGUCUACAGCUCAAUCUGGAGCCAUUACUCCAAUACAACCUCCAAUACCCUCAAUGAUGGACCCUAGUUUCAUACAAACGCCACAGGGAGCUUUCUUUGCUCCCACAUAUUGGCCUCCGCAACCAAUUUUGGUACCGCCUUAUGCCACCGGACCUGCACCUGCUACUUAUCUUACCACUGCGCAGUCCGGCUGGUCUACAACUGCAAACAAAGAUCCUUCGAGUACAAUGAAUCGAGCGCAACCACCUGCUCCUACAACCGUUGUUGGAAACGCUGCAGUAAUGACUCCUAUUAUGCCAAUCGAGCAGCAAUACGUUGAGACAUCAACGGCACCAAAUCACACAACUCAUUAUAAUAACAACAAUCCUUCUCAUCUUCAAUCAACGCCUGCUACCUGUUCCCCAUUUCAACAGUCCAGUGCGUCUCCAGUGCACUAUUAUAGGUCUGUUGACGAUUCUACAGUUGAAUCAUCGUCAUAUCAAACACAACGACAGUCUUUAGAUGAUAACGAGGUUUUCGAUGAUAAUCUGAAGAUGGAAGCCAUUAGCAAAAACGCCAACGAUGCCUUAAAAGGCCGUGUGUUCGAGAUAUCUUUGGCGGACCUGAACAAUGAUGGUGAACAUAGCGAUGAUCGUCAUGACCAGGCCUUCCGUAAGAUCAAGCUCAGAGUAGAUGAAGUUCAGGGCAAGAACCUCCUCACCAACUUCCAUGGUAUGGAUUUCACAUCUGACAAACUUCGGUCUUUGGUAAAAAAAUGGCAGACUCUCAUUGAAGCUCACGUCGAUGUCAAGACAACCGAUGGCUAUCUUCUACGUCUAUUUGCAAUUGCAUUCACCAAGAGACGUCAAAAUCAAGUACGAAAGACUACGUAUGCUCAGACAUCUCAGAUUCGUCAAAUUCGAAAGAAAAUGUUUGAGAGCAUGACAAAAGUAGUAUCGCAAAAUGAAUUGAAGGUAUUAGUUAGUAAACAUCUGUUGACCGACGCUAUCGGUAAUAAUAUUGAGAAGGCUUGUCAGGGAAUUUAUCCUUUACAAAACGUAUAUAUCCGCAAGGUAAAAAUUCUAAAGAGCCCCAAGUUCGAUAUACAAAAGUUGCUUGAACUUCACAGCGAUGCGGCCGAUACAGGUUCUAAAGUGGGGGGUGCAAAUAGAGACUUCAAAGAACCAGAGGUCUUACAGUCUGUGUAA